AGGCGCGGAGCUGUGGCAGGAGGGAGGCGGCCGGCCGAGGCUGAGUCUGCGUUCGGAGCGCCGCCGCUGCCGCGUUGACUGCUCUGGGCUGCGGCUCCGGCAUGAGGCUCCGGCGCUCGGUCCGCCUCAGUGGGCAGCCCCGGCGCUGAGCGAGGCGGGUGACAGCAGCAGUCGCCGGGGCUCCAUGUGCCUGCGCAGGGGAAGCCGCUGCAGGAAGCUUGCCGCCCGGUCCUCGCCAGAGAGCCCAUCGAGAGGAGGUGGAAUGACAACUCCGUGAAGGGAAUUCCUCGCCAUCUCUUCCUCCCACUGUCAUGCUUCGUCUCUCGCCUCCUACGGUGGAAUUUUCCCUGGGAAAGAGAUCUCCAAAUGAGCAUCCUUCUUGCUAGACUUGGAUGCGCAAACUCUUAGCCUGGGACUUGCCGUGGCUGGUCUGGGGUUGAUAUAUUUCUCCUCGACAUGGCUUCCGUGUGGAAGAGGCUGCAGCGCGUGGGGAAACAUGCCUCCAAGUUCCAAUUUGUGGCCUCUUAUCAGGAGUUGAUGGUCGAAUGCACAAAGAAAUGGCUCACAGCUGGCAACCAGGAAUAAAAAAUCCAUACCGUGGGGUAGUGGUUUGGCCGGUCCCCGAAAACAUAGAAAUCACUGUGACACUUUUUAAGGAUCCCCACGCUGAGGAAUUUGAGGACAAAGAAUGGACAUUUGUCAUAGAAAAUGAGUCUCCUUCCGGACGCCGAAAAGCCCUCGCCACCAGCAGUAUCAACAUGAAGCAAUACGCGAGCCCCAUGCCGACGCAGACCGACGUCAAGCUAAAAUUCAGGCCUUUGUCCAAGAAAGUUGUCUCGGCCACCUUGCAGUUCUCUUUAUCCUGCAUUUUUCUGAGGGAAGGAAAAGCAACGGACGAAGACAUGCAAAGUCUUGCAAGUCUGAUGAGCAUGAAGCAAGCAGACAUUGGGAAUUUAGACGAUUUUGAGGAAGAUAAUGAAGACGAUGAAGAAAAUAGAGUGAAUCAGGAGGAAAAAGCCGCAAAAAUCACAGAAAUUGUAAACCAGUUGAAUGCUCUGAGCAGCUUAGACGAAGAGCAAGAGGACUGCCCAAAACAUAUGCUUUCCACUAAAUCAGCCAGUUCCUCUGAAGAGCUUAUCAACAAGCUUAAUUUCCUGGACGAAGAGGAUCAAGGCAUGACCGAUCCCUGCUCAAACUCAUUCCUAGAUCCCAGUAGAACGGAACUGAACCCUUUUGGAGACUUUGACAUGGAAGAACCCAAUGUCAAGACGGCAUCCUCGUCAAAACAGGAAGAGUCAUAUUACGGCGAUGACGAUGAUGAAUAUAACCCCUUUAAAGAUGAGGAACUCGUUGAGUAUGUGAACCCUUUUGACGAACCAGACCCCGAACCUGAGACUCUAGCGCCCGUCAAGGAUUUUCCUCCCCAGCCAGCAAAAAGAAAAAAUGUACGUCCUGUGGACAUGAGCAAAUACCUCUACGCUGACACAUCAAAAAACGACGAUGAAGAAUUAGAUGAAUCAAACCCAUUUUAUGAACCAAAAUCAAGCUCUGCUUUAAAUAAUCAAGUUACUUCGCUGCAAGAAACAGAGAGGAGGAUGAAGAGAAAAGCUCCCGAGCCGCCGGUCCUCUCUCCAAAGACAGAAGCGGAAACAAGUGAGAACGCGCCAGCUAUUCACGCCAUGAAAGAACUUUCCUCUUCUCCUAAGCCAAGCCCAAUACCAAGUCCUGUUUUGGGGAGGAAGCCAAAUGCCAGUCAGUCAUUGCUUGCUUGGUGCAAAGAAGUUACAAAAAACUACAGGGGAGUGAAAAUCACAAAUUUCACUACGUCCUGGCGGAAUGGAUUAUCUUUCUGUGCAAUAUUACACCACUUUAGGCCGGAUUUGAUUGAUUACAAGUCCCUGAAUCCUCAAGAUAUUAAAGAGAACAACAAAAAGGCCUACGAUGGAUUUGCCAGUAUAGGAAUAUCCCGGCUGCUCGAACCUUCUGACAUGGUUUUAUUAGCAAUCCCUGACAAACUGACUGUGAUGACCUAUCUGUAUCAAAUACGGGCACAUUUCAGCGGUCAGGAGUUAAAUGUGGUUCAGAUUGAGGAGAACAGUAGCAAAAGCACGUACAAAGUGGGCAACUACGAAACGGACCCAAACAGUUCUGUCGACCAGGAAAAGUUUUACGCAGAACUCAGUGAACUGAAGCGGGAGCCGGAAGCUCAACAGCCUGAAGAGUGCUUGGCGGACUUUGUUCUUCAUGAGGAAUCGGUAUUUAUAAACGACGACGGAGUCGGGGAGUCAGAAAUGGAUCGCCAGGCACCGGAAGUCUACCUUAGCCCAAGCAUGGCUCCCCCUUCCUCUCACAGGACUACAAGCGAUGUAGAGCAACAAAAAACAAAACAGAGCUCGGGAAGGAUUUCUGGAUUCGAGGAAGCCCGGAAAAGCAGUACGGUACAAGCACAGCAGCCUCUGUUAGGAAGGAAGAAGUUGCUGAAAGCAGACACUUUAGAGCUGAGUGAUUUGGCACAGGACAGCCAUCCAAAGACAGAUGCUUUUCCAUUGACUUCUCGGGAGGAUGCUGACCAGCAAGGACCCCGGAAUUCAGAGAGUACCAUUCAUUCUGCACUAGAAAAACAGAGCCUUAAAGAGGACAUGAAAUCUGAUUCCAAAUCGCAUUUGGGGAAAACGAGCGUAGACGUGGGAGAGAAGCCGGGAUACACCUGCAGUAGGGAGGCAGAGGUGGAUAAAAAGCCCCAGGUCUCUCAGAGAAAAAUGGAGGCGGAUUCCGAGCUUGACACCAAAACAGCUGUCAAUCAGAUUGAUCAGGCCUCAAAAAUUGCACAGCAACGAAUGUUAUCGAGACAAGAAGAACUCAAAGAACGGGCAAGAGUCCUCCUGGAACAAGCCAGAAGAGACGCAGCUCUGAAGGCGGGGAACAGGCAGCUCUUCAACGCAACCCCCCUGGGCCGCUCGAAGCAACUGACCGACCAGCAAGAUGAAGAGCGGCGUCGGCAGCUAAGAGAGAGAGCUCGUCAGCUAAUAGCAGAAGCCCGAUCUGGAGUGAAGAUGUCAGAACUUCCUAGCUACAGUGAAAUGGCUGCAGAAAAGUUGAAAGAAAGGUCAAAGGCAUCUGGAGAUGAGGAUGGGAAUGAUAAUGCCGAGAUAGUUACUAAUGAGGAGAUUCCUGAAUGUGCUCUUACCAGCGACGAAGAUCAACAUACUAACCUAGAAAAUGACCUUGAUUCUGAUGCUGACCAGAAUAGCAAGUUGGUGGAUUUGAAGCUGAAGAAGCUCACAGAAGCUCAGCCCCAGGUGGCAAAUUCUGUCCCUGGCACCGCUCCAAAGUCGGUUAUUGAUAGCCCAGACCAGGAGUUUAAGAACGAGACGGAAGACCAUCGUGCCGAGCGACUACAAAAAGCAACAGAACGUUUUAGAAAUCCUGUUAUGUUCAGCAAGGACUCCACGGUCAGAAAAACUCAGCUCCAGUCAUUCAGCCAGUUUGUUGAAAACAGACCAGAGAUGAAAAGGCAGAGAUCAAUACAGGAAGAUACAAAGAGAGCAAAUGAGGAGAAGGCAGCGAUAACUGAAACUCAGAGGAAGCCAUCAGAAGAUGAAGUGCUUAAUAAAGGGUUCAAAGACACCAGUCAGUAUGUUGUGGGAGAAUUGGCAGCACUAGAGAAUGAGCAGAAGCAAAUUGACACCCGUGCCGCGCUGGUGGAGAAGCGCCUUCGCUAUCUCAUGGACACAGGGAGAAACACUGAAGAAGAAGAAGCCAUGAUGCAGGAAUGGUUCAUGCUGGUCAAUAAGAAAAAUGCCUUAAUAAGGAGGAUGAAUCAGCUCUCUUUGUUGGAGAAAGAACAUGACCUAGAAAGGCGGUACGAACUGCUGAACCGGGAGUUAAGAGCAAUGCUUGCUAUUGAAGACUGGCAAAAGACCGAAGCCCAAAAAAGGCGAGAGCAGCUUUUGCUAGACGAACUUGUUAUUCUGGUUAAUAAACGUGAUGCGCUAGUCAGAGACUUAGAUGCUCAAGAAAAACAGGCUGAAGAGGAGGAUGAACAUUUGGAAAGGACUCUUGAGCAAAACAAAGGAAAGAUGGCCAAGAAAGAAGAGAAGUGCGUCCUUCAGUAACCGACUUCACAGGGGGCACUGUCAUGUUUUAUAACCUAACCCUUGAUGCAGUUUGGAAAUAGAGGCGCCAAGACUGGGGAAUGAAAACAUAACCAUAAAUAGUACACUUUGGAAAAUGUUAAACCUUCCAUUUCGGUAGACCAGCUAUACCUGGGAUUAUUUCAUUACUAUUACCACCCCUUUUCCAUUUAAGCAAUAUUAUUUCAAACUAGGAUUUACUUGUGAGUGUAGACAUAAUUUUAAAAAUUAUUUUAAAGAAAUGUGUAUUGUGGUAACAUCAGAGAUGUUUACAGCAGGCGGGGUGGGGGGGUGUCAAAUUUUUUUUUAAUAAUACCAUUGUGUAAAGGAAGAACAAAGACAAUUACUCUGAUUUUUUUUUCAUCUAGUCCUGCCAUGUGUAAUAUUUAAUAUGCUUCCUAAAAUUUUAUAGCUAGAUCAUACUCAGACUGUUUAUUAAAAUGUGCUAUUUUACUGAUGUUUAUUUCAGCAAUGGUUUUACAUUUUGAUUAUAAGUAUUAAUUAUAAAGCUUUUUUGGGUUUGCUCGUAAGAGGGCAGGUUUUUAACCUUGCAAGAGCUCUUGUUGAUCUAAAGAAGUUUUUGUCCCAUGAGUCUAACUGAGGUGUGAUCAGUUUACAGAGAAAAAAAAGUUUCUUCUUUGGAGGCAAUCCAUACUUUUUUUAAAAAACAGAAAAUUAUUUAUUUACCUCCUAAGUUUAGUUCCCGGUUCUCCAUGCUCUUGUACCUCUGCAGUUUGGCUCCACAAUGCUGUUAAUAUUUAUUCUGUAUCCAUCAGGAGUCUCUCUUGCCAUGGUUUCUAAAAUUCCCUUGCAAGGUAAUAUUUCCUUCUGUAGCGUUCUGCUCUUUUUUUUCCUUUUCCUUUUUUUGGGGUGGGAACUGUUACCUUUUAUUUAUUACAAUACUGAGUCAUGUAUAAAUUUUCAAUAAAGUGGAUCUUUCUUACCAUUA